CAAUCAAGAGAAAAGCGAGCACGCAAAUCGUGUAUAUAUCAUAAUAAACGCCAAUUUUACUCUUGGAAAAACAGCGAUGCGAUUAUGCAGCCAACAGACGACCUCUGCUGGCCAAGAUUUAUCGCUUUUGGUGUACAUAUAACGCUUCCGCUUCCUUCAUCCCAACCGAGAAAUGGAAGUUACAUUUCACUGCAUAUUUGCCGCUUACUUCAGAGCGUUUGGGUCAACGCGGUCUUGGUACAAGCUACAUCUAUAUAGUGAAUCUCCAUGCUUCUGAAUGCUACAGAUAUGGAAGGGGGGGGUCAGACGAAUCCUGGCUUUGAAAUAUUCCUCAACAUACCUAACCUGUUUUCUGCUCAAUGGAUGAGUCAGAAUUGUGAUCACACGCAAAAACCCAUUUACCAGGUUCUAAUGGGUGACUCAAUGUUACACUACACGCGGAAAGCCUGAUGAGGCGACGCGAAUACUUGCGACAUUUGUCGCAGAAAUAGCCCCAGCGAUCUCAAUGACUCGUGUAUAGAGACACGCUUCCAUUACCAGGCGUGUUCUUCUAACUUUGGAUUCGCUGCUAAUGCCCCUUCUGGGAUCUGACAAAUUGUCAUCAUACCCACUUGAAUCCAAAGACCUCAUCGUUGCUUUCAACAGACUUGUCGAUCAGCAAAAACAUCAUCAUUUUACGGACUUCAAUGGAACCAGCGAUGGUCCCAUAGCCGUCUGAUUAAGCUACCUGAGAUUACU